AUGACUGCAGAAGAAGCUCACUUCCUGGAAAAGAAGUCUAUUAUUGUUGCUGGAGCUGGCAUCGCUGACUACUCACUCGGCAUGGAACAGGAUGGCGGUGUGCAGAUUCUCGAAAAUCUCAGCCUCUUGCACCGCGUUAUUGAGAAAGCAACUCCAGGGACUGACAGCAUGCCUUUUAAAAUAUGGGACAAAAACUGGAGCGAGUUGAUUGCUGUCCCUGCAAAACCAUAUGGGGACCUCCCUAUGGCGCGAUUGCGGAUUCCGAGAGCUAGUUUGAGAAACAUUAUGAUCGAGGAAGCUGAAAAUCUGCGGAUUAGUAUUCUAUGGGAGUCACAAUGUUUGGGCGUCAAGCUACUAGAUGAUGGUCGCCUUUCGAUUACUGUUUCCUCACCGAAAAAAUCCGAACACUUGAUCGACUGCGAUCUUUUGAUCGCCGCGGACGGCGCACACAGCAAAAUCAGGGCCUCACUUCGGCCAGACGACGAGCUGCUUUACGCAGGGGCUACUCAAAUCGGUGGUCUCGCAGUCUUUCCACAAGGCAUUCCGAAUCCCUUGGCCGAUUCAUGGGGUAUUAUGGCCUCUGGAUACGGCAAUAGCUGUUUUGUGAGCCCCUUCGAGGACAAAACUGUUAUCUGGGCUUUUAGCAAGGCUGAAGAGAUGCCAGCUCAGGCUACUGGCGGAGAUGGACGUGCACUCCUGGAUGAAGCCCUUUCAACGGCUUUUGUUAUCCCAGCGCGCGACAAGAAACCAUUCAACCAUGAGAACGUUCUUCCUGGUGUGGUCUUUAUUGGAGACAGUAACCAUGCUGUCAGUCCCUUUGCUGGAAAUGGUGCCAACAUGGCUUUGGCAGAUGGAUGGGACCUGGCUGGAUUUCUGUCGACUUCGGAUUCAAUUGGCAAUGCUGUCGCGGCAUACGACAAGGUGUCAGUUCCUAGAGCGCAGAAAACUCUCAACUCUUCGCAUUGGCGGAUAAGUAUUGCAAAUCUUAAGGGCAUUGCCUUUGCUAUAUUUAGAUGCAUCAUCCAAGCAGGCGGACUUCUGAAAUGGAUAGCUGGACGAUGA